UAGUUUCACUCUCUUUCUAUCUCUUCACUCUAUAAAAAUACCCACCUGAGCAAAGAUUAAAUUUGUCUUGCAAAUAUGUGAUUUGCUCUGCAAGGCCAGAGUCAUAAAUUUAUUUCAACAAACACAGAAAAUUCUGUGUUUUGUGUAUGUUAAUCUACUAGAAGUUGUCUGCCUUUCUUUUUUGCAUCUGAUUUUCCAGUUUUCUGUCAAGAUGACGGUAACUCCUGGUAUUUCUGUGGAGGAUGGAAAUUUAAUGGUAAUGGGAGAAUGCAUCCUAUCUAAUGUUCAUGAGAAUAUCACGGUGAUCCCUGCAUCAGGGGUUGGGAUGGUGAAUGGUGCUUUCUUGGGUGCCACGUCGGACUUCAGCAAGAGCCACCAUGUUUUCCCAAUUGGCCAGCUUGAAGGCCUUCGUUUUAUGGGUUUGUUCCGGUUCAAGCUUUGGUGGAUGACACAGAGAAUGGGCACAUGCGGGAAAGAUGUUCCAUUUGAGACUCAGUUUUUGAUAGUUGAGGGUAAUGGGGGAUCACCAUUGAGCACGGAUACCAUCUAUGUUGUUUUCUUGCCACUUUUGGAAGGAGCUUUCAGAGCAGUUUUGCAAGGAAAUGAGAACAACGAACUCGAAUUCUCUUUGGAAAGUGGAGACCCUGCUAUCGAAACAACCCAUGGAGUUCAUUCAGUUUUUGUUGGGGCUGGAACUGAUCCAUAUGAAGUGAUUACAAGUGCAGUAAAGGCUGUGGAGAGACGUUCACAAACUUUUUGUCAUCGUGAGAGAAAAAGGUUGCCUGACAUGCUAAACUGGUUUGGGUGGUGUACAUGGGAUGCAUUUUAUACAGACGUCACAGCUGAGGGUGUAAAACAAGGCCUGGAAAGCCUAGAGAAAGGAGGUACACCUCCAAGGUUUCUGCUGAUUGAUGAUGGCUGGCAAUCAGUUGAUAUGGACCAGAAUGCCAAGCCUAAUGACUUUGUACAUUCAGCGAAUUUUGCAAAUCGUCUGACAAAUAUCAAGGAAAAUUAUAAGUUCCAGAAGGAUGGAAAGAAGGGUGAAAGACAAGAAGAUCCUACUUUGGGCCUUAAACACAUUGUUUCAGAAGCAAAAAAGAAUCAUAAUUUGAAGUAUGUUUAUGUUUGGCAUGCUCUUACUGGUUAUUGGGGAGGAGUUAAGCAUGAUGUUGCUGGGAUGGAACAUUACAAUCCAAAGUUGUCCUUCCCUAUUCAAUCUUAUGGGGUUAGUCAGAACCAGCCCGAUGAGGCCUUAGAUAGCAUACAAAUGAAUGGACUGGGUUUAGUUAAUCCAAAAAAUGCCUUUCAGUUUUAUAACGAUCUUCACUCAUAUCUAGCAAAUGCCGGCAUUAAUGGUGUCAAAGUAGAUGUCCAAAAUAUUAUCGAGACAUUAGGUGCAGGUCAUGGUGGUCGUGUAAAGUUGGCAAGUCAAUACCAUCAAGCAUUAGAGGCUUCCAUUGCUCGUAAUUUUCCUGAUAAUGGCAUCAUUGCUUGUAUGAGUCACAAUACUGAUGGCCUUUACAGCUCAAAGCAAACAGCAGUUAUACGAGCGUCUGAUGACUUCUGGCCAAGGGAUCCUGCAUCACAUACCAUUCAUAUUGCCUCUGUUGCUUACAACAGUGUUUUCUUGGGAGAAUUUAUGCAGCCAGAUUGGGAUAUGUUUCAUUCUCUUCAUCCAAUGGCUGAAUACCAUGCCGCUGCACGAGCUGUUGGGGGAUGCUCAAUAUAUGUCAGUGACAAGCCUGGCCUCCAUGACUUUAAUUUGUUAAAGAAACUCGUUCUUCCAGAUGGAUCAGUAUUGCGAGCACAGCUUCCCGGAAGGCCUACAAAAGAUUGUUUGUUUUCAGAUCCAGCGCGUGAUGGGAAGAACUUACUUAAAAUCUGGAAUUUGAACAAGCACACUGGAGUUCUUGGUGUCUUCAAUUGUCAAGGUGCUGGGUGGUGUAGGGUUGACAAAAAAAAUACGAUUCACGACUCUGACCCAGAAACUAUUACAUCUAGCAUUCGUCCAAAUGAUGUGGAUUAUUUGCCAAAGAUUGCAGAUGAGAAUUGGAAUGGUGAAUCUGUCGUAUAUUCCCACAAAGGAGGGGAGCUUGUUCGCCUUCCCAGAGGAGCUGCUAUGCCGAUCACUCUUGAAUCCCGAGAAUAUGAAGUUUUUGCUGUGGUUCCUAUUAAGGAGUUAGCCAAUGGCAUCACUUUUGCUCCUAUUGGGCUCAUUAAAAUGUUCAACUCUGGAGGUGCCAUUAGUGCAUAUGUGUGUGAUCCUACUACCACAACGGUAAGUUUGAAGGUCCGAGGAUGUGGAGUAUUUGGGUUCUAUUGUUCCGUGAAGCCAAAGACAAUUGGUGUGGAUUCCACAGAAACAGAAUUCAGCUAUCAAGAUGAAUCUGGUUUGGCUACUUUCACAUUGAGAGUACCAGACAAAGAUAUGUACCUAUGGGACAUAAGAAUUGAGGUCUAGGUAGACUAUUUCUUUUAUGAAUUAUAUAUCAUAAUGUAGACCAUUAGGGUUUUUUGAUCUUAUAUUGGACAAGAGGGAUCUCCUUAUCUGCUUCCCUUUACAACAUAUGGAAGAUUUGAUUGGGAAGCAGUUUUAGUUAAGUUGGAAAUCCCAAGACAGAUCAAAUUACUAGAUACCUGAUUUCAUGUAUUUUUAUCUUUGGCACCUUCGUAACAAGAUUUAUAGCAUGGUUGUUUGGCAUUCAGCUCAAAAAUGCCAUUUCAA